UCUUUUUUUUUUUUUACAGUACACCAGCAGGGACACACACACACACACUCACACACACACACACCCUCACCAUGGCUCCUGCACUGAACCGCACACCGGCGUUGUUGUCGUGUAUUUAUUUAGCUUCGCUGCUUUUCUCCGGUGUGUUCUGCGACGCGGAGGCAGAAGAAGAUGAACACGCCAAGCACUCGUACACGGUGGAGAUGUUCAACGAGGCGGUGCCCACCGCUCCACACUUUGUCAUGUUUUACGCCCCGUGGUGCGGCCAUUGCCAGAGAUUACAGCCGGCAUGGAAUGAACUGGGAGACAAAUACAACAGCAUGGAUGAUCCUCAGGUGUACGUGGUGAAGGUAGACUGCGUCCAGGACACCAAGUUCUGCUCCAAUGAACAUGGAAUUAGAGGCUACCCCACGCUUAAAUUGUUCAGGCCAGACCAGGAGGCAGUGAAAUACCAGGGGUCCAGAGAUCUGCAGUCCAUGGAGACGUGGAUGCUGCAGACACUCCAGGAGCAGCCUGGGGAACCAGAGACUGAACUGGAGCCCCCCAAAGCCCCAGAGCCCAAACAGGGCAUGUAUGAGCUCACUGCUCUGAACUUCAAGGCCCAUAUAGCCAAAGGUGCUCAUUUCGUUAAGUUCUUUGCUCCGUGGUGCGGCCACUGCAAAGCCAUGGUACCAACCUGGGAACAGCUGGCCAACACCUUAGAGCACACCGAUGAUGUCAAGAUCGGGAAGGUGGACUGUACACAGCACUAUGAGGUGUGUUCUGACAACGGAGUGCGGGGGUAUCCCACACUGCUCUUCUUCAACAAUGGCCAGAAGACGGAACAGUACAAAGGAAAAAGAGACUUGGACUCUUUCAAAGACUUUGUGGACAAUCAGCUGAAGGCUGCCACUGCUGAGGAGCCAGAGCAGGAACCAAGCGACGAACAAAUGGCAAACGAGAUCCCCACCGAUGAGCCGGCCAAAGAGGAGACCAGCGUGUUGGACCUGACAGAGACUAACUUUGAUGAGUCAGUGGCAAAGGGCCUCACCUUUAUCAAGUUCUAUGCUCCAUGGUGCGGCCACUGUAAGAAUCUUGCUCCAACAUGGGAGGAUCUUUCCAAGAAGGAGUUUCCUGGAUUCACUGAUGUCAAGAUAGCCAAAGUGGACUGCACCGUUGAGCGCACGCUCUGCAACAAGUAUUCUGUACGAGGUUACCCCACGCUGAUCAUCUUCAGGGCAGGGAACCAGGGAGACGAGCACCACGGAGGACGGGACCUGGAGAGCCUGCACAGCUUCAUCAUGAGGCAGGCGAGAGACGAGCUGUAGAAAAACUGUGAAGUCCGCGCCCACACUGCAUAUCUGACCAGUAGGACACCACUCUCUCUCUCUCGCUCGCUCUCAUACAGAAGCAAGCUCUCCCUUUAUCUCUCUCCACUCGGGUUUGGUGGUCUGCUCUAUCUCCAGUGUUCAAGGAGAGAAUGAUUCGGUUUGGGAUCUGAUGUAUUUGUCAUUGCUGUUAUUCAACCUCAAGUCUCCUAAUGGGGAGAAUAAUGUUUCAGUUGGGUCUGCACAUGAAGUAAUACUGUGUCUGACAUUCACUUGCUGCAAGCACUGCUCAAUUGAUCGGAAACCAGAAUUCCUCAGACAGGUAAUGUUUAUUAAAAAGGUAACACUGAAAA